GAUUCAGCAAUUUCGCUACUAUCUGCGGCAAUGCGCUGAGGAUGUGAAGUCGCAGAACUGCCUGGUGGACAGCCAUGGCAGGGGCAAGGUUACGGACUUUGGCUUGGCAGUUGUCGCCGAACCCGAGGCAUCGAUUGCUGUCGCGCUGUCCUCAGAGCUG